UAUGAGUGCGAAGCAUGGAUUUAUAUGCUCGUUGGUGUGACGUGUGCCAAACUGUCAACAUUCGGCAGUGAGCUGACAGCAGACAGCUUCUACCGCAAACGUUGUAGUACUCCAUCCUUUCACUCCUGUCUUGUUACAUUUCUUGACCCAGAACCUCGCCUCAUUUGACCUAAUAACACCAAAAAUUCCUUGCAUGUGCUUUUCUCAAGAAAGCUAACCAACUGCCGCUCCUGGGAUAGCCUCGCAGUAUCUCAUGGUUGCAGCAUCAAGUGGUGAUUCGUAGUCCAGCAUGUCUAACCAGAAGAAAUGUGAAGCAGUGGCCAAUCUGAACUGCCCCAGUUACGCCGUGGUGGCAGUGGGAGGACGGCAUGUGGUGGUGGGCGGCGGCGGCGGCUCGGCAAAGACGGGCGUCAAAAACCAAUUUGAUGUAUUUGAGCUUUACCACAAUGGAAACCAAACAGUUGGAGAAAGAGUUCUUUCAUAUGAAGUUGGUGAUUACUGUAUCACUAACAUGGUGGCAUGGCCUGGUGCCAUCACAGCUGCCACCACAGUAAAGACUGCACCCGUCAUCACACUGGCUAUGGGUUUAGAGGAGAAAUGUGUCAUUAUGAAGCUGAAGCCAACUCUUAGAACAGUGAAGAAGGAAGAAAUAACAUUGCAACAGUCUUCAAAAGUAAAAGAUAAAGGCCAUGCAGGAAGCUUCCUGAGAAAAAGAAGAGUAAGUGAGAAGAGUGCAGAAGAAGGAUCAACAGAAAAAGAAGUAGUAUCAGAAGAGAAAAAGAGACGGCGAUCCAUCAAUACAACUCUUCGAGGAACUAAGUAUUUUACAUUUGAUGUGGAAAAGCUGAGCUCUACAGAGACAGUCUUUAAAAAUGCAUUAGGGGAGGAGAUUUACCAGAAGUGUUGUGGAAUAUCUCCAGACUACAAAUUCUUGAUUACUGGGGGAACAGAUGGUUAUUUGAGAGUUUGGAGUUUGCCAGAUAUGAAAAAAGAAAGGCAGAUAAAAGCUCAUGAAAAGGAAGUUGAUGUCCUUGACAUCAAACCAGACUGUAAACAGGUUGUCUCUGUUUGUAAGCCAACCUAUGAGUGUUCUGUGUGGAACCUAAAAGAUGGAAGCAAACUAACACAUGUGGUACUGCAGACUAAUGGAGUCAGAUACAGAUGCUUCCGUGCCAAGUAUGGCAUUGUUGAGGGAAGCAUACAGAAGGCAAGACUCUUCACAAUCAGCAAUCCAGUUGGAGGAACUAAAAAUCCAGCCAUUGUGGCAAAAUGGUGUGGGAAAACGUAUAAACAAGAGCGAACAAAAUGUUUGGCAGGAACUUUGAGCAGCCUUGCUCUGAGUGACAAUGGCCAGUAUUUGGCUACUGGAACCAUGGGUGGUUCUAUCUACAUUCUCAUUGCCUUCAGUUUACAACAACUCCUUGUGGUAGAGGAAGCCCAUAGCAUGUUUAUAACAGGCCUAGAAUGGCUGCCAACACAGAACAAAGUAUCACAGAUGGUGCGUGGAUACUCUGAUGCAUCUGUCCUCUCCAUUUCAUGUGAUAACUCCCUCAAAAUACACCACAUUCCUCGACCAGGAAUGCUGCCAGUAUGGGUUGUUGCCAUCCUUGCUACUGUUGUUCUGUGUUUUGCCUUCUUGCUAGCAAAUUUUUUAGGACUCUAAAUUUUUUAAAGUUUGUAAGGUGAUGUAUUAUUUAAAGGUGAUGAAUAUAUAAAGAGAACUAUAUGUAUUAUUUUAUAGGAUUUAUGCAUCAAAGAAACACUUUUGAAUAUAAUUUAUGAGCUAUUUAUUUUGCCUUAGCCUUCUUUUUUGGGGAAGCUCUUAGGAGUAACCUUCAGAUUUAGAUGGAUAGCAAAAUAGAAAGUGUACUAGCUUUGUCAUUUUGGUGUAUCUUCUGGUAUUAAAAAUGCAAUUUAUUUUCCAUAGUCAGAUUCUAGAUAUAUGUAAUUUGUAUUGAUAGAAGUGAUGUACAAGUGCAAUAAAUAAAUCACAGAAUA